UUCCAGGCAGAUUCCCUGGAUCUACAGGUGGACAAAUGAAUGGACAGGCUUUUCUCAAGUACUCAGUACCUAAGGCACCGGGUCGAAAAAGUGUGGAAAUUUACUACCCCUUUGACUUCACACAACAGCAAAUGCCUAACAUCCCACAGCUGUUCCCUUAUGAUAACUCUCCCCAAACCGUGCCCCAGCAAGAUCCCAUAGUGCCGCCCUAUGAGGCCAGACUUCCUCAUGCCCAAGAUCCUUUGCAGCCAGCCCAGCAGGAACAGCCACAACGGAGAGGCCAGGUGCCUAUGCAUCCGUAGGGAAUGAAUUGUAAUGACUCGCAGGAUCCAGAGUGCAGCGCUAGAAAGAGACGAGUCAUCUAGAUAUGUGUUUGUUUCUCAUGCAUCUGUUUGCAAAAUGUCUAUGGAUGGAGUAAUAAUGUAGAGUCAGCUGCAUUGAUAGGCUGUAUAAUUUAUUCUGUGUAGGAGUAAUCUGAUUUCAUACAAGGAUAGAGAACUGAUAUACUGCACAGUAGAACACAGUGUGUCUUAUGUAUUGUAUUGUAAGUAGUGGUUUCUGCUGUGUGCUGCAUUUAAAUGUUCCCCUAUUAGUAAUGAAGGCAAUUAAAAUGUUUACAAGCAACCA